ACUCGGUCAGAAGCCGCGGUCCACCGCGCGGGUGGUAGAAGUGCGCAUGCGCGAUCAGCGACAGCCGUUGACGGCUCCACCCGGGGUCCAACUCCGCCCGCUUCGUCUUGCUCGGCCGCACCAUCGCAGCCAUGCACAGCCUGGCGACCGGCACCGUUGACCGAGAGAAGAUCUACACGUGGAUCAAUGAGUUGUCAAGCCCCGACACGCGGGAGAAUGCACUGUUGGAACUCAGCAAGAAGCGCGAGUCCGUGCCAGAUCUGGCGCCCAUGCUGUGGCACUCGUUCGGAACCAUCGCAGCCCUCCUCCAGGAAAUUGUAAAUAUCUACCCAUCAAUCAACCCGGCGACGCUGACAGCACACCAAUCCAACCGCGUGUGCAAUGCACUGGCUUUGCUGCAGUGUGUGGCCUCGCACCCAGAGACAAGGUCUGCCUUCCUAUCUGCCCACAUUCCUCUCUUCCUGUAUCCAUUUCUUCACACCGUGAGCAAGACUCGGCCAUUUGAGUACCUUCGUCUCACCAGCCUAGGAGUCAUUGGUGCCUUGGUGAAGCCUGAUGAACAGGAAGUCAUCAAUUUCCUGCUGACCACUGAGAUCAUCCCUCUGUGCCUGAGAAUCAUGGAGUCUGGGAGUGAGCUAUCAAAAACGGUGGCUACAUUCAUAUUACAGAAGAUUCUUUUGGAUGAUACAGGCCUUGCUUACAUUUGUCAAACCUAUGAGAGAUUCUCCCAUGUUGCCAUGAUUCUUGGCAAGAUGGUGCUUGCCCUGUCCAAGGAACCAUCCGCUCGUCUUCUCAAGCACGUUGUUCGCUGCUACCUCCGUCUUUCUGACAAUCCCAGAUGUGUACACAGGGCACGUGAGGCUUUGCGCCAGUGCCUGCCUGACCAGCUCAAGGACAACACAUUCGCCACAGUUCUGAAGGAUGAUACAACCACCAAGCGCUGGCUGGCCCAGCUUAUGAAGAACCUGCAGGAAGUGACAGACCCAAGAGGAAUCCCACUACCCACCCAGUGAUGCAUCUCUUGGGAUGUUCUUCUAGCAAGUCACAUUGCCCAGGGCAUUCUGACAGUACCAGCAGUAGUUGCAGUCUUUGUGUAAAAUACAAUUUAUCAUUUUUUAUUGAAACACUUAUUGUGAAACCAGUACAAUCUGCCUCUUGGACUUGUUCUGCAUAACAUUUUCCUCUUCAAACCUCAGAGCUUGGGGUAAUGUUUUUCAUAUAAUGUAAUUCAUGGAAACAGGCAUUUCCCAAGCUUUAUCGUGGAACAACAUGGUCAUGCAUUAAUGGUUGGUUGGUGGAAUGUUUGCUUUAAUUUUGGAAAUGUAAACGCUGUUUACCAUAAAAAAUUACAGUAUCACCAUAUUUCAACAAGUUCAAUUGUAACAGGAAGCACAAUAUACUGAUCUUUGCUUUAAACUGCAUGCUUGGAACAGAUUUCUGCAGUUUUCCCGAGUUCAUAUUGUUGCCGAUUAUAUCCAAAAUAUCCCUAUUAAGGCAUACGAAGUCUGUGCUAUAACUUUUACUUGAUAAAAUCAGUGUUUAUUGAUACUAGUCAAAAUGGUACUGUAAUAAAAAAAAAUAUACCACGUGCAAAACGUUUGCACAGCAUUACUUUUGUAAAAUAGAAUCGUUUAAAUGGAAUUAUUCUUUGAAGUUGUGUGUGGCAGCUAAAGAUACCUGCACAUUUGGCAAAAUUGUUGGAACCCUUGUAAUUGGUUCACCAAGAUGAAAUAAAGCCAUGUGCUCAUAUGCUAAAUAGCAAACACACCUAAGUUGUAGGCUACUGAAACGACCAUGCGAGUUUUUAACAGCACAACUUAUUGAUUGACAUUAAAAGGAGAAAAGUAAUGUUACUUGUUCAGUUGGCAACAUUGUUAAAAUUGUAUUAUAUGCUUGUGUGUGUUAUCACAAAGUAUUUUUGUAUAUGCAAAGGCCAUAAAUCUUAGGUUUAACUCAACGUUUAUAAGGUCAUUGUGAUUGUGUUCUGACGCGAUUACAUUGUACAAGAAAAGCAUUUACAUUGAUUGCAUAUAAUGCACUGAAUACCAUUUAAAAGGCUUGUGGGUCAGAAUAUUGAGGACUUGGCAACAAACGUGCGCUUUGUGAAGGAUAGUUUUUCAAGAUAAGCAAAGGGAUAAACUUAUGUCAAUGUUUACUUUAAGUGCAACUUAUGUUGACAAUACUUUUUGUAUUAAAUCUUGAGCUCUGGA